UCCAUACAUGCGGAAUACACAGUCCUCUUCCCCCGAAGUAGUGCUAAAGGGGUCACUCCCAUCUCUGUUCGGACUACUCGACAAACGCGAGCGAUUCUACGGAGAUUUCUAUUCCUUUGGACAAAGGAUAAAGAACCAAAGGAAGGGAAAAGUGCGCUGAAUGCUUGUUGAUCAUGCCGCGGAGCCCCAUGUCUAGCGAGGAGGAAAUGGCUCAGAGUUUCUCGGACUCGGUCAGUUCGGAAUCAGACAGCUCCCGAGAUGAGCCUCCAAGGCUGGAUCAACCUACCAGUGCCCGACUGGACAACAGCCUGCGAGACACAAUGCUCAUCUGUGUGGUCAUCCCUGACCUGCAGCAGUCUAAGUCCAUGAGGUUCAGUCCUGAUGCCACAGUAUGGGUUGCUAAGCAGCAGAUCCUGUGUACACUCACACAGAGUCUGAGGGAUGUGCUCAACUACGGGCUCUUCCAGCCAGCGGUGGACGGGAGGGAGAGUGGUUUCCUGGAGGAAGAACGGCCCCUGAGAGACUAUCCGCUAUCCACCAAUAAAGGCGUUCCAACCCUUGAGUUCCGCUACAAAAGCAGAGUGUACCAGCAGCCAAACGUCAACGAAAAGCAAAUUGAAAAACUCCACACACAGCUCCGUAAGCCGGCAGGGUUUGUAAAGGAUGACGUAGGAACAGCUUUGUGUACGUCCUUGUUUCGGAGGAGCAGAUAUUCACCUCAGAUCAUACCGAAUGUCAAGACACCACUAACCCUUGCGGCCCACCUGGACAAUAUGGUGGAGAUUAUAGUUACAUUGAAAAACGGCGGGGCUCAUUUAGAUUUCCGUUCUCGGGAUGGGAUGACUGCCCUGCACAAAGCAGCCAGGGCAAAGAACCAGAUAGCUCUUAAGACUAUGUUGGAUUUGGGAGUGUCUCCAGACUAUAAGGACCGGCAGGGUUUGACUCCACUCUACCACACAGUGACUGUAGGGGGAGACCCGAGCUGCUGCGAGGUCCUUCUGCGAGCCCAUGCCAGCGUGGGAUGCCACGAUGAGAACGGCUGGCACGAGAUCCACCAGGCUUGUCGAUACGGCCACAUUCAGCACCUGGAGCAUCUCUUGUUCUACGGAGCUGACAUGCAUGUGGAAAAUGCAUCUGGGAAUACGGCUCUCCAUAUCUGCGCUCUGUACAAACAGGAAAAGUGUGCCAGGGUUCUUCUGGUCCGAGGAGCCAGCAAAGACGUCAAAAACUACCGAGGACAAACGCCCUUUCAGGUUGCGAUAAUUGCUGGAAAUUUUGAGCUUGCAGAAUUCAUAAAGAAUCACAAAGACGCUGAUAUUGUGCCUUUUUGGGAGGCACCGACAGGCACGGGUCGGAGCAGGCCGCUGCAGCAAACACCGCCACAGCACCAGGGUAGGAGCACUCUUGCUGCCCCACGCGUGCUGCUCCGCUCCAACAGCGACAACAACCUGAACGUUAACAAGCUACCACUGGACCGUUCUCGCUCGCCCUCUCCUACCGCCUCCCCCCUGCGCAGCCUCUCGCCCCGCCACCCCCAGCAGAUGCAGAACAGCCCCAAUGGCACGGUGAAGACCAUGGCCCGGGGGGGACGCUCCGCCCGAAGUCGUUCCCCUUCCCUGGGCCGACUGGGGGAGGGAGACACCCGGAGACAGACCCCUCAGCGCCACAGCAGUCCGCGUGCCAACAGGGAUGCCUACUCCGGCAUGGACACUCCAGGGUCCAAACGCAAGCUUUACAGUGCUGUGCCAGGAAGACACUAUAUGGUGGUCAAGUCUUACCAACCCCAGGGCGAGGGAGAAAUCGCUUUGUAUAAGAACGACAGGGUCAAAGUUCUCAGUAUUGGAGAAGGAGGAUUCUGGGAAGGCAGUGCCCGAGGGAAUGUAGGCUGGUUCCCAGCAGAAUGCGUGGAAGAGAUCCCAAGCAAACCCAACGAGGACAGGCCCUAUGCCCGGGCAGACCGAUCGGAGAGAAGGAAGCUCUUUCGACACUACACUGUGGGAUCUUAUGACAGUUUUGAUGCAUCAAGCGACUGCGUUAUCAACGAAAAGACGGUCGUGCUGCAGAAGAAGGAUAACGAGGGAUUCGGGUUCGUGUUGAGAGGGGCGAAAGGUAGGGAGAAAGACGGACCCCUCGUCGAGUUCACUCCGACCCCGGCGUUCCCUGCUUUGCAGUAUCUGGAGUCUGUGGAUGAGGGAGGGGUGGCAUGGAAAGCUGGCUUGAGGACUGGAGACUUCCUCAUCGAGGUGAACCAGGACAAUGUCGUCAAAGUGGGCCACAAACAAGUGGUCAACAUGAUUCGUCACGGCGGCAACCACUUAAUUAUCAAAGUGGUGACAGUCAGUCGAAAUCUAGACCCUGAUGACACGGCUCGAAAGAAAGCGCCCCUGCCACCACGGAGGGCUCCCUCCACAGCCUUGUCCAUGCGUUCAAAAUCUAUGACCUCAGAGCUAGAAGACCUAGGUAAGCACAGUCAUGGCAAGCAGAAACAUCUCAUCCAGUGUCUGGUGCUUCUUAAUACGUUUUUACAAGAUAAAGGACCGUUCACACAG